GUCAAUUGUUCGAUACGUCGUGUAACAUCACGGAAGACUCAUAAAGUAUCCCCGCCAUGGAACUUGAUUUUUCAUCUUUUUUUUUCUUUCCAUCUCAACUAAGACUACACGCGCGUGAAAGCGUUCUCCCCCCGCCAUAGGGAACCAAAAAAAGUAGAGGCUUGAACAUUUGCCUAUCAAUUCCACGAUCCUUAACGAGUAGCUCGAGAUGCCAUGCCAUGUCAUGCAUGCCACUUCAACGUUAUCUACGUACCUAGGUUCCCUCGCUCGAAGGAGCACUUGGGAACGAAAAGGCGAGAAGAACUAGACCACCACCACCAACACCCUACCACGUCUUCACCGCUUCGAGACUCGCUCUACGCAUACAACAACGAAAUAAAUGAACGCCAUCAUCGGCCAAUCUCUUCUCAUGUCCAAUUCACGAACUAAUGCAAAUAUUACCCCUCCUUCUCUCGUCUAGUUGUGAUUUGAUUGU